GGAUAUAAGAAGCGAUGUAGCUCUGUGAAGUUAAUGUGGCGCGACAAUGUGGAAGGUUCUGGUUUUGGCCGCUUGUGCGGCGUCGUUCAAUAUGGCAAUCGCAUGUGACAAAUGUGGUACAAGAACAACAACAACGGAGGCUCCCUGCAUUUGCGAAGAACCGCCUAAAUGCGGAAAGAAUGAGUUUUACGACGACUGCUCUAUCAAGAGAUGUAGACCUGAACUUUGUUCCGAGCUUGGUUUCCCAUUGGACUGUCAUAAGAAGUGCAAGCCGGGAUGCAAGUGUAAGGACGGCUAUGUCCGUAAUCAUAAGGGUAUUUGCAUUCCUAAAAAAGAUUGUCCAUCUCCAACCUGCACUGAAAAUGAAGUUUAUUCUCCUUGCAUAAAUGGUGGAUGUGGCCCUAAGAAAUGCAGUGAUUUAAACAAGCCAGUCGUCUGCAUAGAUCCUGCAGAAUGUGAUUGUAUAAAGGGAUGCAUUUGUAAAAAGGGUUACUUGAGAGCCAAAAAUGGAAUUUGCAUACCAAAAGAAAAAUGCCCAGAAUAUUGUCCGGGACCAAAUGAAUACUACGAGCCAUGCAUUCACAAUUGCGAAAGCCAGAAUUGCUCCGACAGAGGCAAGAUCCACCAUUGCCCCAAAAUAAAGCCGGGACACUGCGAUUCGUCCGGUUGUCGUUGCAAGAAAGGUUACCUUAGAAACAAUAAAGGAAUUUGCGUUCUAGAAAAGGACUGCCCUCAUCCUAAAUGUCCUCCUGGAGAAGUUUGGGAUGACUGCCCCACCGUCCCGUGUGAAGGGGACUACUGCCCCAAAACCAGAGAUUCGCCACAAACUUGUCCCAUUGGAAUUGUAUGUGAUAAACCACGAUGCGUGUGCGGCUACAACAGGAAACGAGAUAAGAACGGCCAUUGUAUCCUCAUACCUGAUUGUCCACCAUUUAAAUGCGGCAAGAAUGAAGUAUACGUGCCUUGUCCAUCAAAUUGCCCGGGGGAGAAAUGUAGCGACUUCACACACCAUAAGAAGUGUCCACCAUACAAAAUCGGCAUUAAAGUCAAUUGUAGACCGGCGUGCAAAUGUAGGAAGGGCUACUAUAGAGAUGAGAAAGGAAAUUGCAUUCCAUCUUGUGAAUGUCCUCCCUGCCAGCACUGGUAGGUACCUCAACGACAACGCGGAAACCCACAACUCCUUGCGAUACGCCGGAGCCACCACCCUGCGACUAGAAUCGCCGUGUCGUGAUCUCGCGUUCAGGCCACCUCUCGGCAAUUUCUAAAAUUAUAUUUUUUUUUCUCUUGUUUUCAGUGGCUUUGCAUAAAUCUUAAAUUGUUUGAAGUAAGUUCCAAAAUCUUUAAAAAAUAAAAUUUAAUAUAAUGUUGUCCGAAAA